AGAAAAACCCUCUUAUUGAUUCUGAGUAUCCUGAAAGGCUGAGUAAGCCUUUUAUUGGCAUAUUGGGGGAUAUACUCAAUGGCAUCAUAUACUUCAGAUGUACAUUGAGACAACCACAUGGAGAAAUUUGUGCAAACAAUGUCUACUUGGUUAAUGGAAAUGCCAAGUUGGGCAAAGCUCUAAAUCCUAAGUGGUACGAGAAGACAUUUGGGGAUGACAUUAACAAGUUCUGCGGUAUGGUCAGGUCUCUCUUCAAGUCCAAAGGGUCUAAACUUCCCUUUGGUUUGGAUCAUUUGUGCAGAUACUUGCAAAAAUACAUCAAAUUUGAAAAGCAUUUGAUGAAUGCAAUUAAUCAUCCAAUCAUGUUGACGCCAGAUGCAAGAUGCGAGUAUAGGCUAGUUGCCUAUUCUCUUGUAAAACACCAUCAAAAUUGCCAGUUGGAGAUCAUGGUUAACAAGAGGUUAGGACAAGAGCUUUCACCCAAAAAAAAUUCUCAAUGGUCUUGGAUGGAAAGAAUUCAUGAGAAGGAGUUUGAGACAAUAUUGCAUUACCAACAUAACCAAACACUACCUCCAUCGCAGUUGCCCCCGCUGUAG